UUACUUGAACAAAAUCGAGGAAAAUUCAGAGCGAGCAAAAUGGUGGUCGAGUUAGGGGCAGAAAUACAGCAGACGAGUGCCUUGGGGUACAAGGGCUGAAGGGAACGCGGUAGUUUUGGGGCUGUUUUCUUUCCUAAUCUUCUCCAGAAUGUCACUAUGAGCAGCUAGAAUGUGUAGUAAUGAUUUCCAUUAUUACUUAGUUUCACAUAACUGUUCAGAGGAAGGUACACGGGAAGAACGGAUCUUUGCAAUGUUGUGGCACAGUUUAAGGGUGUUCUGGAUUGUCAGAUGUUAUCUGGCAUCAGGAAAAAGCUCUGAACAGCUUGUGCUAUAAAAGGAUAGUGCAGAUAGUGAAGUCGUUGAGAUGUUUUUCAUUAUGUCUGAGUAACAAUUGUAAUAAUCAAAGUUCUUAAAAAGGAUUUUACAAAUCCAAAGUAAUUCUGAUCAGCCGGAUUAAAAUGCAUCACAGGAAUAGGUUCUGGUUUGUUGAUCUUCAAAAUCCAUAAAAGAAAAAUUGCUACUUUAAGAAGUAUUUUCUGGAAAGGAUUAAUUUUUCUGCAACAUUUUAGAGCUGAUUAUUUACCUUGCAGGUGAUUUACCUGAAUUAGACUUUGACUAACUAUGUACUUGUAAAAGUUCACCUGAUUUCCAUAGGAAAAGCAUGAACUUUUCUCGGCGUAGAAAUCAGGACCGAAUCAGAGACUUGUCCCUCAGUGUUACCUCUGAUUUUGGUGGGAGUUGUUCUGUCUUGUCCUUCACCUUAGCUUGGAAUACCGAUUUUGUUAGUGGUCAUGACAUUAACAUAUUUUAUGUAUGCCUUCUGAAUGCCUUCCUCACAUCCUCUGUCUAUCCACAGAACCUGCUGGCGCUACUGUUCUUGCCAUGUUGAGAUAAGGAGGGUUGUGAUGCCAUGGAGACACUGUGUUCCCAGCCCUCCCUGGUGACUGAAUCCCCUUUCAGCUCUUUAAGAAGGGAAAAUAUGGAUAAUUCUCAGUAUUUUUAGCAGCUUCUUAUUUCUUAAAAUAUUUUCCUGUAAUAGUGUGUCUUAUUUGUUGAUAUGAUAAAUUGGGAUAUGCUUAUGUGUGUGAGAUUUAGAUUAAAUACAUUAAGUGUAAGUGAAGAUGGCCACUCAGUUUUGAAAUAUAUCUGUGUGGUCACCUUGUUGCCUCCUGUACUUUGCAUUCACUGAGGUUGUUGAACUGGGGUUUUUGUAGCUAAGUUUCCUCUGGGAGAGGAGCAGUGAGUCAGUCUAUGUACACGACAGGUGUUUACCAUUCUUAGGAGGUGUUGAACUACUACAACUAGAACAUGCAGAAAGCAAGUUAGUGUUUGAAACUCUUACCAACUCGUGGAGUUGUUGUUUUCAGAACUAUACUAAUAGUUCUGACAUUAAUUAAGACAUUAAUGUUGCCAUAAAUUCAUUCAAGCUGGCCAGAAGGGAAGGAGCACACUGUAACAAGGCUCUAGAUCUCUCAAGUUCUGUAUGGUCACAAGUAGCCUAAGCAGAACUCUCCAUAUGGUAAGAGAUAAAUACUGUGAUGUCACCUUCUUUGGUGAAUGACCCAUCAGCUAUAAAUCUGGGUUCUUUGUGGGGAAGUGGCUGUCUUGCUAUGGUUGAGAUCAUAUUCCUGCCUGAAGUGAUUUCAAAGCAAUUCCUCAUGGAAGAGAAUAAAAUACUAAUUCUAAGUAGUGGACCGGCAAUUUUCUUAAACAUUAUUCUUUAUGUGCGUUUGUAAAACACAACUGUAAGGUUUUUUCCUCUGUACUUGCUCACUGUAUAAAAUUACUGGUCUGCUUUGAUGUGCCCUUUAACCAUUUUAGUCUGCUGCAAAAGUUGGAGAGGCUUGUCUCCUGGUUCAAAGCCUCUUCCAGCUUUAUCAAAAUAUGACUGUUGGAGUUGGAGAGCUUUAUUUUCUCCUGAAAGUUGAAAAUUUAAAUGCUAAUAAAAUACAUAGCAAAAUCUUUUAGCAUCCUAAGUUGCACUCUGCUUUUCUAAAUAAUGUCUAAAUUAAUGAGUUAAUUGACAAUUCUUUGGUAAUGCAAAAGAGCUGCGUAAUUUCUUAUUCCUUGUCUUUGGUGUUUUGUGCAUUAGAAAGCAAGAUUAUUAAUGAGUAGAAAGACAUUUAUAUAAUUCAGAAUGUCUCAUUAGUGGCAUGCGCAUCCUGACUUUAAAGCUGAGAUGAAAUCAAGUUGAAGUGCUGAAAAAAUCCCCUGGGAGUUUCUUUAUAAUUGCUGCUAUGCUUAAUAUUAGCACUGUAAUAGUUCCCCACUCCAUUAGUUCCUUGUCUAAUAGGUGAAUCUUGCUCUUUGUACCCAUAUGUACAACGAUCUUUGAAGAAAAUGGAACUGUUUCCCUAUCCAGGAUUAGGGACCAUUUGGUUUAUUGAGGAGCAGCUUCUGAUCAGAGUGGUCUGUAUGACCACUUAAAUGUUUGUUGUUUUAAAACCACGGCUCGUUGAGUAGUUCAAUUACUCCAAGUCCGCCUUCCCGGUCUGUGGAAGAAGGGGAGGAAGGGAACUGUUGCAAACCUGUUGCUAUGGCCACCUAGCAGGGGCUGAGCUGCUUGUGUGGCUGUAAUCCUGCUGCAUCAGCUGCUGCUCGUCCUGUAGAGUUUAACUGAACUUGGAGGAUGAAGUCCAGCCUAAUGCAUUUGGUUCCACCAAUGAAUAGAGAAAGAAUAAUCUCCAAGUUUCCCAAGUGGUACACACCUGAAGCCUGUCUGCAGUUUAAAGAGCACUUUCAUGCACAGGUCAGAACUGCUUGUCAGCAGAGCACUGGAACAGCUGGGCUGAAAAUAUCCAAAGUGGUUGUGGUAGGAGACCUGUAUGUUGGGAAAACCAGUCUUAUCAACAGAUUUUGUAAAGAUAAAUUUGACCGAGACUACAAGGCAACCAUUGGAGUAGAUUUUGAGACUGAACGUUUUGAGAUAAUUGGAAUGCCAUAUAACCUCCAGAUAUGGGACACAGCAGGUCAGGAGAAGUUCAAGUGCAUUGCGUCUGCUUACUACCGAGGAGCAGAGGUUAUAAUAACAGUGUUUGAUCUGGCUGAUAUCCAAACUUUGGAUCACACCAAACAGUGGCUAGAAGAUGCAUUGAGAGAGAACGAGCCAGAUUCCAGCUUCAUCUUUCUGGUUGGAACAAAAAAAGAUUUGGUGUCAGAUGCAGUGUGUGAAAGGACAGAGCUGGAUGCCAUCCGUUUUGCCAAGGAGAUGCAGGCAGAAUACUGGUCGGUUUCAGCCAAAACAGGAGAAAAUGUCAAAGAAUUCUUCUCCCGUGUUGCUGCCUUGGCCUUUGAACAGUCCAUGAUAAAGGAGCUGGAGAACACUCUUGGGCACAGGGCCCAAAUUGGGGCAGGAAAUCUCAUCAAAGUAGAGAAGUACAGUAUGGAAGUUCCAGAAGACAAAACUCAAGUCAGCCUGAGUUGCUGCUAACUGUCAGCUGUUUCUGCAAGUGCCACACUUCUCUGCAACAAUGCUCUCAAACCAGAACUAGAGAGCUUUAAUUUUAGAAAUGAGGGAGGAAAAACUUACCCAAACUUUCUUGCUCAGAGUUCCCUUGCUGCUGCAGGCUCCCUGUGCAGGGUGGUACAAUUGUUAUGUAAACCUUUCUUUAUGUAGUUGAAACAUAGCAUCCUUGUCUUAAUGCAAGAAGACAUUGCCAGUGCCAUGGGCUCAGCUAUCUGCCAGAAAGGCUUGUAGUCAAAAAUGAUGUCAUUUUAGUGUGCUGUUUUUUGAUAAUUCUUUAGAAAUCUUAGCUAGUGAAGUGGCAUUCUCAUGGGAGCAGGAAACAAGUGGCAGUUCAGAAUGAAGGGUGACAUCAAUAUGGUUUUGUCUUUUAAAAUCAUCGUGUAAAAUAAUUCUGAUUUGCUUUUAUGCAUUCCAAGUAUUUUAAAACUAAUUGGAAACAAAUCUUUUUUAAGUAUCAGGUUGGAAGUACACAAAUGCAGACUGCAUAGUUUCCACUGUGGUUUCUCUAUCCAGGAAAAAUGUGUGUUACUUUUAAUUUUCCACUUGAGAAUCAGAGCCCAGUAUUAAAUAUUUCCAAAGAAGUCCAGGUAGGAACUUGGUUGUUUUAACACAGCUGCCUAAUAUUUUGAAAACGUUGCCAGAUAAGAAUGCUAUUCUUUUCCAUUCUCUUGAACAAGAAAGAAUGGUCACACAGGUGCAUAAUAUGGAAGACAUAUUAUUUACGUCUAAUUUUUCCAAUAUCUCUCUGAACUCUAAUGCUCUGUUGUAUCUAGCCUAGAAUUCCAUAUUUCUAGGAUUCAUAUCCAGCAUUUUAGGCUUGCUGACAUAAAAAAAAAUAAAUAUGUAUACAAUGCUCUAAAUUUAAUGCUGCAAUUAUUUUAAAUGGAGAGAAAGAAGAAAACGUAUGAAGAGUUAUAAGGUACAGUUUCUUGAGAUAUUUAUCCAAUCAUUGCAGAAACAUUACCUUUAAAAAUAAUUAUAAUAAGACUCAGAUUU